AUGAAUCAUAAUAACAAACAAGAUGGGUCAAAGAGACCUCUCAAUGAACUAGAACGCGUCGGUGACCAUUCGAAGCCCAAGCGUUCGAAAUGUGAAGCACGUAAACCAAGCCAAACUGAUAGUGAUGAUCUUGUUGAUGAUAUGUCCCGACGCUGCCUGGCAGAAAUCACAAAAAAUCAGAAUGUUAAGGGUAAAAAUAAAACGCCUGAUAUCGAUAUUAUAGUCGAGCACGAUGUGGACGAGGCUGAUGAUAUUGAUGUAGAAAACAAUGAUGACGAUGUGUUACCGAGAGUGACUACAAGGUCUUCAGCUGCUAUGUUUGUGAAGGCAAUAUCCAACCUUUCAGACGUUAAGAAGAACGUUGUGCGUGAUAUGGGGUUCGGGUGCUUGUUGGAGCUGAGCAUAACAACAACAUCAUCAAAGAUGGGAUUUUGGUUAGUGGAAAAUUUUAACCACAUGGACCGGAAGCUCCAGUUGUAUGACGAAGAGAAGGUACACGUUAAGGAAGACGAUGUGUAUGCUGUGUUUGGGUUGCCUCGUGGAGAGGUUGAGAUUAAGAAUAAACAAAAGAGAGUUACAUCUAACCUGCUGGAUGAGUGGAUUGCACUAUUCAGCGUCAGAAAACCGUCGAACAUUACGGCGUCGAAGGUGUUGGAUAAAAUGAACGAAUGUGUGGAUGGUGGCGAUUGGUUCAGACGUCAUUUCAUCGUCCUCAUGGUGACCUGCUUAUUUGAGAGUUGUCUAAACGGAAUGGCGAAUUUUCGUUUAGUCCACAUGCUGGACGAUUUAUCCGUGGUUAGCAAGAUGAAUUGGUGCGCAUACAUGAUCCGAUGUUUAGUUGACAUGAAGCGGACGUGGGAUUCAAUUGGUACACAGAAGAAGUAUGUAGGGCCUCUGUUGUUCUUGACGCUAUUCUACGUAGACAAGGUUGUACUGUCAGUGAGAUCGGUCCCACGAACGUUCCCUGUAUUCAAAUCAUGGAGCAUCGAGGCUUUAAGAGCUAGAGAACGCGACGAGAUUUCUUCAGGAGCUUUUAGUAGAGGGUUCGUGGAUGUAGAUUUCUGUAUGAUUGUCGAUAAUCGUCGGCUGGAUAAAGUCGGACCGAAACACGAUGGCGAUGUUGCUAGUGUCACUGAGGACCGCGACUUACAGGCGUAUGUCCAGGAGUUUGCAUCUAAAACUCGACUUCUUGCCACUACGGGAAUUCAAAUAUUACAAUUGGUCGAAAAGGCACCACAAGUUCUUUUGGGAGAUGGGAACUUUGCGAAAAUGCAUGAUGCGGCCUAG